GCAUGCUAUCGAGUCCUACAUCCCUUGAGCAUCUCGGUGGCCUAUCAUCUUUGCCUUGUAAGAUGGCCUGGAAAACUUGCUUCAUGUUAUCGCUCCCCCUGGCUCUUAUGCUUCUCUUCCUAGGCACAGCAGCAGCAGCGCAAGGCCUGCAGGUUGGGUUCUACAGCAAGACAUGUCCUCGUGCAGAACUUAUCGUUCGCGAGGAGACGACUCGGAUAAUGUCAGUUGCUCCAAGUCUUGCUGGUCCUCUCCUAAGGAUGCAUUUCCAUGAUUGUUUUGUAAGGGGAUGUGAUGGUUCGGUUCUAUUGAAUUCUACUGGUAACAACAAUGUAGCUGAGAAAGAUGCACCCCCGAACCAAAGCCUUCGAGGUUUUGGGGUGAUCGACCGCGUCAAGGCUAGACUGGAGAAAGCUUGUCCCCAGACUGUCUCCUGUGCUGAUAUCCUUGCGCUGGUUGCGAGGGAUGUAGUGUUCUUGAUCAAAGGUCCAUACUGGCAAGUACCAACAGGCCGAAGGGAUGGCCGCGUAUCAAUUGCCCAGGAGACCCGGCAACUGCCACCUUCCAAUUCUACCAUUUCUUCAUUGAUCUCAUCUUUCCAAUCCAAGGGACUCAGUGUCAAGGAUCUUGUGGUUCUAUCAGGUGGGCACACACUGGGGACCUCGCAUUGCACACAGUUUUCAAACCGCAUAUACAACUAUACUGGCAAGGGCGACACGGAUCCCAAUCUUGACCGCAACUACAUACCAAAGUUGAGGGCCAAGUGUGCACCCAAUGAUAACACCACCCUCGUGGAGAUGGAUCCAGGGAGCUUCAGAACAUUCGACGCCGGCUACUACACCCAUGUGUCGAAGAGGAGGGGCCUCUUCGAGUCCGAUGCAGCUCUUCUCCAAAACAGCCAGACCAGAGCCUACGUCCUCCGUCACGCAAGGGGUGCCUUUGCACCAGAGUUCUUCAAAGAUUUUGGUGACUCCAUGAUUAGUAUGGGUAACAUUGGAGUUCUCACAGGUACAAAGGGUGAGAUCAGGAAGACUUGUGCUUUUGUGAACUAGCUAUCUAGGUUUGUUAUUUGAUCCUAUGGAGAUUAUUAGGUUAUGGGAAUUCCUGCAUUUAAGUUUCAAGAGUUCUAGAGUCAUGUAGCAAUGAGCGUUUCAAGUGCUUGUGUAAUUCUUGUCCUUUUUCUGGGUGCGAGGGGAUUCAUGUCAUGUAACAGUAAAACGUAAUAAUAAAUAUUUAUUUCCGAUUAUGUUCUUAUAA